GUCUGGGCUUUUAAGCCCAAUUGCAUGUGGGCUUGGGUAUGAAAAAACACCAUGGCACACACAACAAAGCAAUGAAAACGAAAGAAAUCGUAGAAGAAAAAAACAACAAACAAUGCGCACACACAAAAACAACAACAACAUUGAAUCGUUUUUCAGUUGCAACUUUCUCAUCUAUCUUUGUAUCUUUCUCUGUUUCCAUUUCUCUGUCUUCUCAACUUCAGUUUCACACGACCACAACUAAUUUUCAAUUUCAAUCCUCACCGUCUAUUUCGUUGACUUAGAGUAAAAGCGAAAGCGAAAACCAUUGUUGAAGAUUUCUUGAAACCCUAACGAAGUGAAAAAAAGAGAGUGAUAUGAUCGUUAUUGUUCUCCGAUGAUGAAUACGGCGAACGGUAAUAUGACGACGCCGUCUUCUUCUUCAUCCGGUGGUGGUGGUGGUACUACACAGUCACAAGGUCUCAAAACCUAUUUCAAAACCCCUGAAGGAAAAUAUAAACUUCAAUUCGAGAAAACUCAUCCUGCUGGUCUUCUUCAAUUCAAUCAUGGCAAAACCGUUUCUCUGGUAACCCUAGCACAUCUUAAGGAGAAGGCAGCGCCUUCAACUCCGACUGCGUCAUCUUCGAGUUUUAGUGCCAGCAGUGGAGUACGGUCAGCUGCGGCUAGAUUGUUAGGAGGAGGAAGCAAUGGAAGUAGGGCGCUUAGUUUUGUCGGUGGAAAUGGUAGUAGUAAAAGCAAUGGAGGAACUGGUAGGAUUGGUUCGAUUGGUGCUUCGAGUUUGAGUAGUUCGGUUGCUAAUCCUAAUUUUGAUGGGAAAGGAUCUUACUUGAUUUUCAAUGCUGGGGAUGCGAUUUUGAUAAGUGAUUUGAAUUCUCAAGAUAAGGACCCGAUAAAGUCUAUCCACUUCAGUAAUUCGAAUCCUGUCUGCCACGCAUUUGAUCAGGAUGCUAAGGACGGGCAUGAUCUGCUCAUAGGCUUGUUCUCUGGCGAUGUCUAUUCGGUGUCACUGAGACAGCAAUUACAGGAUGUUGGUAAAAAGAUUGUCGGGGCGCACCAUUACAACAAAGAUGGUAUUCUCAAUAACAGUCGUUGUACAUGUAUUUCUUGGGUGCCUGGAGGUGAUGGUGCUUUUGUUGUUGCGCAUGCUGAUGGGAAUUUGUACGUAUAUGAAAAGAAUAAAGAUGGUGCUGGUGAUUCUUCAUUCCCAAUCCUCAAAGAUCAAACUCAGUUUUCUGUUUCCCAUGCACGGUACAGUAAGAGUAAUCCAAUAGCCAGAUGGCAUAUAUGCCAGGGUUCGAUUAACAGUAUUUCUUUCUCAUCGGAUGGGACAUACAUGGCAACUGUGGGACGAGAUGGUUACUUGCGAGUGUUUGAUUAUGCAAAAGAACAACUUAUAUGCGGUGGGAAAAGUUAUUAUGGUGGUUUAUUAUGUUGUGCUUGGAGCAUGGAUGGAAAGUAUGUUUUGACGGGAGGAGAAGAUGAUUUAGUUCAAGUUUGGAGCAUGGAAGAUCGCAAAGUUGUUGCAUGGGGCGAGGGACAUAACUCAUGGGUCAGUGGAGUGGCUUUUGAUUCAUAUUGGUCAUCACCAAAUUCAAAUGACAAUGGAGAGACAGUUAUGUAUCGAUUCGGUUCAGUUGGUCAGGAUACACAAUUGCUUCUAUGGGAUCUGGAAAUGGACGAAAUUGUAGUGCCCUUGAGGCGUCCCCCCGGUGGAUCCCCAACUUUUGGUUCCCCAACUUUUAGUACUGGAAGUCAGUCAUCCCAUUGGGACAAUGUAGUCCCAUUGGGUACCUUGCAACCUGCUCCAAGUAUGCGGGAUGUUCCAAAAAUCUCUCCACUGGUUGCUCAUCGUGCGCAUACUGAGCCACUUUCUAGCGUGAUAUUUACCCAGGAAUCUGUACUUACAGCCUGCCGGGAGGGGCACAUCAAAAUCUGGACGAGACCUGGCAUAGCCGAGAGCCAGCCAAGCAACUCGGAAACCUUGUUAGCUACCAGUCUCAAGGAGAAGCCUCCACUUUCUAGCAAGAUCAGCAACUCUAGCUACAAACAAUAACUAAAUCUAAAGAGUUUUAAGCAAUUUUUUUAUGGUUUGUUUAUCUUUUAUCCGGCUGGUUUAGUUUUAACAUCUUGAUUUAAGUAAAGAUGAACCAACUGGUUUUAUUGUAUAUUCAGUUAUUAACGGAUGAGCAUGCCAUUGAUAGAACUAUGAGGAUGGGAGGGAGAAUUCUCUCCAACCGCCUCCUGUAAUUACAAAACGGCUGUUACUAGGAUAUCUGAUUAGUGAUUACAGGAAUAAUGUGAAAUUGGUCCUUGGAGAUCAGUACUUUUGAAGUGCGUACAUACAAGCCAUCAUUGUUUAUCGCCCUUA